ACUUUAAGAUUGGAGAAAGAGAGCCCUUUUUCUUCCGUCCUGUGAGAUGUUUUGUUACAUAGAUAGGUAUCACAGAUCACAGUAUCUAUUCUGCUUCUGGAAUCCGAAUUUCCUAAAGGGGAAAUAUUGAAGCUGCGGGUCGGCCGAGGGAAAUCAAAAGACGUAAUUAUGCUUCAGCUAGUAACUUAAUACGGAGAAUAUAUUAAUCCGAGUGUCAAGAAGUCUCUGUGGAGCUCCAAAUUAGUCACCCCACGUGAUCUGCAAUUUCGCCGCAUCCAGAGCCGCAGAGAGAAACUUCAACUCGAUAUCAAAUUGAUAAUAUUAAGACAUUUUAUACAAUAGCUAUACCCCGGCCGUGUUAUUCCACUUUUAAUGUACCGUGCUGCAGUAACGUAUUCCUCCCUUCUUGAAUACGCCCUACAUUCUUCAUUUUCGCUUUUCAUCCAUUUCACUCUUCUGGUUUGAAAUCCACCUCUUACUUUCCUUUUCAUUUUCUUUGUAUGUUUUUGGAUACCCGCAUUUCUGUUUUCUUUGAAGCAGGAGGUGCUUUCUUUUUGUAUUCUACACUCACUCCCAUUACACACAUAAAAGAAGAGGGGAGGGGAAGUUCCUGAACUGUUCUUGACAAACAGCCCCAAGCAGAGUGGUUUUAUCUAUACUUUUGUUACUGUUUGCACCAGGAGGUGUGUCGUCAUCUGGGAAUAUUUCUGGCUGCAACUGCUCUGAUUCAAGAUGAAUGCCCCUGAAAGAUUUGAAUCCUUCGUUCUUCUCCCGGGUGAGAAGAAGGUCGAGGUUGAGGUGGAUACCCGUAUCCCGUCCACCGCUAUUUUCACCUUCCACAAAGAAGACCACACUCUUGGCAACAUGAUCCGCUCGCGUCUCAUUAAUAGCUCCCACGUUCUUUUCUCAGGCUAUAAGGUCCCACAUCCCCUAGUCCCCAAAUUCAUCUUGCGCGUACAAACCGAUGGUCAAAUCACACCUAAGGAAGCCGUCAUCACAGCCUGCCACGAACUUGUCAAGGAUCUAGGUUCGCUGAGUCGUGAGUUUACGAAGGAGUAUGAAUUGCGGAAGAUGGUUGGGGUAGGUGUGCAGCAGCAGAAUGCGCAAAAUGGUGUUUAGGGAGCGGUGGUUUGGGUACUUGGGAUUUCGAUUCUUAUGGUGGUGUUACAGACAGCCUGGGAGAAUGUUGGUUGGAUUCUGUAUUCUUUUUACGUCUUUUUCUUUUAUUUAUUCUCCCACGGGAUGGCUUUAUGUGUAUUCUCUUUUUUUUUGGGAUUUUAGCCCUGGGUGAGACUCGGCGUUGGGGCUGGUUGGGAGAAUUUGAUAAUAUUUUCUUGGAAUUGUAUUUUUCUUGAUUGUUGUCAUUUAUUUAAUUCAUUUAGGGAGGAUGGUUGGUGCCUUACUCAUGCUUGAAGGCUACAAACGUCUUUCUUAAAAAAAUAUUUUUUAUUCCGUACAAAAUAAAUUCUAGUUUAUUCACUC